AUGGAUCUCGAGCACGUCGACGAUACUGUUAUAUUCCCGGAAGGUACUACGAAACUUCAGCAUGUUGUCAACCUUGUAUCGAAGCUGGCUGCUGCCUAUGGAUUACAUCUAUGCCCUGAUAAUUGCAAGCAGAUGUGGAUCUCUUCGAGACCUCGAACAGGAACCAGGGUGGACAGACAACCAAUUGAACUCGUAGAAGAGUUCUGUUACCUGAUCUGUAUUCUGAAGAACAACGGCAACUACGAGAAAGAUAUUAAGCAAAGAUGCGCCAAAGCCAUUUCUGCAUUCAACUCCUUAGUGAAACACCUGUGGUUGAUCCCCACCACCAAUGAAGUCUACCUAUCCGCAGUCUACCAACCUGCGAGUCUACCUAUCCGCAAUUCGCCCUAUCAUGAUGAGACUUGGGCAGCACUUUCUCAGCCUGCAUUUGAAAAUCUUGCUGCUUUCGGCCAUAAGCAGAGUGUUAGUGAAGGAGGCGAAACCAUUUUGCAGUACGAACGAAGAACGUGUAAUAGAGAUGAGGAUAUUUUCUGCCAAAGGUCCACGUUAUAUAAUCCAAACCCACCUAUUCUGGUUCUGCACUAA